AUGGGACUAGAACUUAUGGUUUAUCUUCUAAUUUAUUACAUCUUAACCACACAAGUAACCUGCGAUGAUAAUUAUCUUGACGAUGAUAAUAGAUAUAACCCUACAAUGGAUAUUGACUUAUCUUCUUCUAUGAGUGAUAUAUCUAGAAAAAUUAAUACAGAUCAUGGAAAAAAAUUUAGAAUAGCUAAAAAAAUCUUUAAAGGUUUAGGAGCUUUUAUGAUACUUCUAACAUCCUUUCUUAUUGUUUUAGACAACAUUACACUUAAUAAUGAGUUAGCUAAUUAUAAAAAAAGAGAAAUAGAUUUAGCUGCAAAAUUAAUUAACGCUGAACAUGAAGCUAUAUCUUCUAAAGUUGAAUACGGUAGAAAAGUGGAAGAAAUGCAAAGUAUAAUUAAUAAAAUGAUUUUUCAUACCUUAAACCAUACAAAUCAUAAUUAA